AUCCCUCCCCGAGAGUGCCACCGCCUCCUCCAUCUCCUGGAGCAGGAGCCACCUCCUCGGUCAGUGGCGUAGCCGGAUUCUGAGUCGGGGCCAGCCAGAUAGGGGCGGAGGUCCGGACCCCGGUCUAGACUCGGGUGGGGGGCAAUGGAGAAAGCAGCCCGAGGCGCUCUCCACAUCAACUAAGCAGGCCCGUUGUGGCUGCAGGCGCCAUGGACCGAGCCCCAGCAGAGCAGAAUGUCAAGCUAUCUGCUGAGGUAGAGCCAUUUAUUCCCCAAAAGAAGAAUCCGGAUGCAUUUAUGAUCCCUAUGGCACUCCCAAAUGAUAAUGGAAAUGUUUCUGGUGUAGAACCAACUCCAAUUCCCAGCUACUUGAUUACUUGUUAUCCAUUUGUGCAGGAAAACCAGUCUAAUAGACAGUUUCCAUUAUAUAGCAGUGAUAUACGAUGGCAACAGCCUAAUCCAAAUCCUGCUGGACCAUACCUUGCCUACCCCAUUAUAUCUGCUCAGCCACCUGUUUCUACAGAGUAUGCAUAUUAUCAGCUGAUGCCAGCACCAUGUGCCCAAGUGAUGGGCUUCUAUCAUCCUUUUCCUACACCUUACUCCAACACUUUUCAGGCUGCAAAUACUGUAAAUACUAUAACCACAGAAUGCACUGAGCGUCCAAAUCAGCUCGGACAGGUUUUCCCAUUGUCCAGUCAUCGAAGCAGAAAUAGUAACAGGGGACCAGUGGUACCAAAACAACAGCUUUUACAACAGCAUAUAAAAAGCAAAAGGCCACUGUUGAAAAAUGUAGCUACUCAGAAAGAGACAAAUGCAGCAGGUCCUGAUAAUCGAUCAAAAAUUGUGCUUCUGGUAGAUGCUUCACAGCAAACUGAUUUCCCGUCAGACAUCGCUAACAAGUCUCUCUCCGAGAGCUCUGCCACAAUGCUCUGGAAGUCCAAAGGCAGGAGGAGAAGAGCAUCCCACCCUACUGCUGAAUCCUCUAGUGAGCAAGGGGCUAGUGAAGCCGACAUUGACAGUGAUAGUGGCUACUGCAGUCCCAAACACAGCAACAACCAGCCCAUAGCAGGGGCUUUGCGAAAUCCUGAUUCUAGCAACGUGAAUCAUGUGGAAUCAUCUAUAUGUGCAGGUGGUGUAAAUUGGUCUAAUGUAACUUGCCAGGCAACUCAGAAAAAACCUUGGAUGGAAAAAAAUCAGACAUUUUCCAGAGGUGGAAGGCAGACUGAACAAAGAAAUAAUUCACAGGUUGGAUUCAGAUGCCGAGGACAUAGUACUUCCUCAGAAAGAAGACAGAAUUUGCAAAAGAGACAAGAUAAUAAGCAGUUAAACCCCAGUCACUCUCAUAGAGGCGACUCAAAUUCUGAGUCUUUAUAUUUUGAGGAUGAAGAUGGAUUUCGAGAACUAAAUGAGAAUGGAAAAGCUAAAGAUGAGAAUAUUCAACAGAAACUUUCUUCAAAAGUAUUGGAUGACUUACCUGAAAACUCACCAAUCAAUAUAGUUCAGACUCCAAUUCCCAUUACAACUUCAGUUCCUAAACGUGCAAAAAGUCAAAAGAAGAAGGCUUUAGCAGCGGCCCUUGCCACGGCUCAAGAAUAUUCAGAAAUAAGUAUGGAGCAAAAAAAAUUACAGGAAGCUUUAUCGAAGGCAGCAGGAAAAAAAAAUAAGACACCUGUGCAGCUAGAUUUGGGGGACAUGUUAGCAGCUCUGGAAAAACAACAGCAGGCGAUGAAAGCGCGGCAAAUUACUAAUACCAGGCCUCUGCCCUGUACAGUGGUCACUGCAGCUUCUUUUCACACUAAAGACUCUACUAACAGAAAACCUUUAACCAAAAGUCAGCCCUGUUUGACAUCCUUUAAUUCUUUGGAUGUUACUUCCUCUAAAGCAAAAAAAGGAAAAGAGAAGGAAAUUGCAAAACUAAAACGGCCCACAGCACUUAAAAAGGUUAUUUUGAAAGAAAGAGAGGAAAAGAAGGGCCGUUUAACUGUGGACCACAAUCUUUUGGGAUCUGAGGAACCAGUAGAAAUGCACUUAGAUUUUAUUGAUGAUUUGCCACAGGAGAUUGUUUCCCAGGAAGAUACUGGACUGAGCAUGCCCAGUGAUACUUCACUCUCCCCAGCAAGUCAGAAUUCUCCGUACUGUAUGACACCUGUGUCACAAGGCUCUCCAGCUAGUUCUGGGAUAGGCAGUCCAAUGGCAUCUUCAACAAUAACCAAAAUCCACAGCAAAAGAUUUAGAGAGUACUGCAAUCAGGUUCUUUGUAAAGAGAUUGAUGAGUGUGUGACUCUUCUUCUUCAAGAGCUUGUCAGUUUCCAGGAACGCAUCUACCAAAAGGAUCCUGUAAGAGCAAAAGCAAGGAGACGUCUGGUUAUGGGUCUAAGGGAAGUUACAAAACAUAUGAAGUUAAACAAGAUCAAAUGUGUUAUAAUUUCUCCAAACUGUGAAAAAAUCCAGUCAAAAGGUGGCCUGGAUGAGGCUCUCUAUAAUGUUAUAGCGAUGGCACGGGAACAAGAGAUUCCCUUUGUGUUUGCCCUUGGAAGAAAAGCUCUAGGACGCUGUGUGAACAAGCUGGUUCCUGUUAGUGUAGUGGGAAUCUUCAACUACUUUGGUGCUGAGAGCCUGUUUAAUAAGUUGGUAGAACUCACUGAGGAAGCCAGGAAAGCAUAUAAAGAUAUGGUUGCAGCCAUGGAACAAGAGCAGGCGGAGGAAGCCUUAAAGAACGUGAAAAAGGUGCCCCACCACAUGGGGCAUUCUCGGAAUCCCUCUGCGGCAAGCGCCAUUUCUUUCUGCAGUGUUAUUUCUGAACCCAUCUCUGAAGUAAAUGAAAAGGAGUAUGAAACAAGUUGGAGAAACAUGGUGGAAACUUCAGAUGGACUGGAAACAUCAGAAAAUGAGAGAGAAGCUUCCCGUAAACAUAACAGCACAUCUGAAAAACCCAGUAAACUUCCAUGUGACACAGCCCCUGUUGAUAAGCAGUCGUCUCUGGUGGCUACAGGCAGUACUACCUCAGCUACAAACCUUGGGAAAUCAACAGUGAGUGACAAAGAGGAAGUGAAGCCGGAUGACCUGGAGUGGGCCUCACAGCAGAGUACCGAGACCGGCUCUUUGGAUGGCAGUUGCCGAGAUCUUUUGAACUCCUCCAUCACUAGCACUACAAGCACUCUUGUUCCUGGCAUGCUUGAAGAAGAGGAUGAUGAAGAGGAGGAGGAGGAGGAGGAGGAGGAUUAUACUCACAAACCCAUAUCUGUAGAAGUGCAGCUCAACAGUAGAAUUGAGUCUUGGGUCUCUGAGACCCAGAGAACAAUGGAAACUCUUCAGCUUGGGAAAACCCUUAAUGGCUCUGAAGAAGACAAUGCAGAGCAGAGUGGGGAAGAGGAAGCAGAGGUGCCUGAGGUGCUGGAGCCAGGGAUGGACAGUGAGGCCUGGACUGUUGACCACCCAGCAGGUCUGGAGGAGCAGAAGCCCAGCAAUCGCAGCUCUGUGAACAGUGAGCACUCUGAUGCUAAUUAUGCGCCCCCAGAUCUUUAACUCAGGAGAUGUCAGCUUUCUGUCCAACUGUGUAAGGGUUAUAGCCAUUAUCUUUUAUGCUUCAUCUCAAUAUUUUGCACUGUCUAGUAUUUAAUAUAUGUAUUUAAUUCCUGACAGAAAUAUUUUUGUAGCUGUCUUUUACUUGUUAUGAUCUAUAGCUUAGCUUUUAAUUAGCAUCUAGGUGUCUUUCUAAGAACUAUGUGGAAAAUUCAGAAUUGUUUCAGCUUAUUUUGUUAUGGAAAAUAAUGAUUGAAAGAAGAACAAGAAUAGGUUUUAAAGAAAAUAAGUUUAAAAUACCUAUUUAGAAACAUUAGGAAAGUUAAAGGUCAAAGUUCUAAGGACAGGAACAGUUAUCAAUGUUUGCUUCAAGACUGUGCUUCCUUCACUCUGAUUUGUCUGGCCAAAAAGCUGUUUGGACUUCUUUUAAAAAGAACUAGUGGUAGAGUUGGGGGGCGGGGUGAGGGGGAAAAACUGAGAGUAACUAAGUCCACAAAGUGUAUUUUUGUUAAAAAUUGAUGCAACUUUUAUUUGGUCCACAAAUACUGGUGUCAGAGGUCACUGAUCAAUUACAAUUGAUCAAAGUUGCUAUGGGCAUAAACAGCCUCUAAUACUUAGGCUAGCAAAGGUGCCACCGUGAUAGAUUAGAGCUAGCCUUACUUGUAGAAAGUGAUAAAUGUCUUUACUAGUGAAAAGUCACCCAUGAUAGGACCUUCCAGGUUUUAUCUCUUAUUUGCUUCUUACCUCAGGAAUGCUUUUGUACAUAGUCAUAUUUACACAAAGUUAGGCAAAUUUUGACAUUGAAUAAUUGUAAUUGUAUGACUGCAGCACUUAAACUAUCCAGAAACAAAGUCUUAUACUGGUGUGUUCUCUUGCGUGCUUCUUAUUCAGGACCUUCUGAAUUUGAGAUAUGGAUUUGAUGGGGUAUCCAAACUUGUCCUGAGUGAAAAACUGUUUCACCUUUUAAAAUAUAUAUAUAAUAUAUAUUAUAUAUAUAUAUAUUACCCCUAGUCUUGAGCACCUGCCACGUAACACUAACCGUAGUUACUGAUAGGAGGUCAGGGAAAAGAACUGUACACAACUUAUAAUGUGUAUCUUGAUAAUUAAGGCUUAGAAGAGGAAGUUUCGAAGAAAAGAGAAAGUUGUUCUAAUUGUGCUGAAAUUAUUAGCUGAUUUAGAGUAUGCAGAUAAACACAGGUAAUAAUUCUUGAUCACUAUUAUUUAUCUCUGCCCUUCUCUAGGAAUGUGUAUACCUGCUUGGGAUAAAUUAAACUUAGUAAGCUAAAUGUUUUAUUUGCUAGUCAGUCACCACCUGGUAGUGAGUGACCUUUACAAGUUUAUGUAUAGUGGGAGAAUUACAAAUUACUUAUUUUUCUGUCUUUCCUCCAGCUGACCAACACACAUACACCCACACACACACAAACACACACAUACACACCACCACCACCACCACCACCACCACCGCCACCCCCCCGCCCCAGUUUUACAUGUACAGGCUCCCGUAAGCAGGCAAAGGACUGGGGAGGGUGGGUGGUUUUCCUGUCCUGGUUUUAUGGAGCAGGCCUUCCCUCACAGAGGGAGAAGGGAAGAAUUGGGCAGGUUCUUUAGGGAACUCUUUGGGACUACUGUGCUCGUUUAGAUGUUUUAUAAUGCUGGCAUUUAAUUACUAGAGAUAUCAGAUUCUUGGUCGAUGAUUUAGUAUUUGUCAAUUACGAAAGUUUAGGAACAUUGCUGUGUAGAAAAAGUUAGUCAGGUUUAUUAGUGUGCUAAAAGGGGACGUUACUGUCCUGUCUAAACUGUUCUCCAGUAUAGAUUUCUUAAGCACAAAGUAUCCAGUACUUAAAGGAACACAGCAUGUAAGGAAUGAAGCCUCUGAAAUAGUAAUCAUGAAUUUAUUUAUAUGUGGCAGAUCUUACUGUCUACACAUUUGGAGAUGUUAUCUGGCUUAAAGAAAUGAUAGAGUUUUUGAACUACUGACAAUCUUAAAAAUGAAUUUAAAAACUUUUCAUACUUUUUAAUGGUGAAAAUUUCCUUUGCUUGGUGUCAGUGGUUCAGAGACUCUUGAUCUUGAUUGAAGUUAUGGUUUUUCAAAGGUUUCUUGAAUUUUAUAUCUCUUCUGAACGAAGAUUGUCAUUUUAGAUUUUUGACAUUUAUAUGAAAAGAGAAGUUGAGGAAAUCUUCAGAACACCAAUAUUUUUUCAUUUUGCUAGAGACUUUAGAAUUGUUCAGUUAUGUGUUCUAUAAAUGAUUUUGCAUGUGCAGUAUCUUCUGCCAGCAAAUGGAAGGGACCACAGUUCUUUAUAAGACAGGUCACCUCUAGAAGACGACCCAAAAUUUAUUAAAGGAAAUGCUACUGUGUUGAAGGUAUGCUUAAAUAAAUGUUAAUAAUGUCUUUAUAAUUUGUUUCCUUUAGAUAAAUUCUGGAGUUUCUGUAUAUUAUAUACAUGAGAAGGUUUGAAAAUUAAGGAAGUGGUUUUUUUGGAUCUGGGGCGAGUGACUCUUUGGGGAUCUAGAGGGAGAGCUAAUGGUAAGAGUAAGGGUUCAUCAUCAUAAGAAAUAAAAACCAUAGUGAUUUUUUUUCUUAGUGUGUAGAGAUUGUUUUACUGGCAAUAAUUAAUAUUAGAUUUCUAUUUCAAUAUAUAAAUAUAUGAAUUACAGUAUAAAUUGCACUCCCCAAACUAGAUAUCUGCUUUAGUAGAUUUGUUUGCUGUGAAGAUUACUUCUCAAAAGACAAAUGUUCCUAUUAAUUUUUGGUUUAAAUAUGUCUGUAAAUGAUGUAAUAUAUUUCUUUUGACUAAACAUGGGAAAAUAAUCUGUGUUAUACAUUGAAAAGUUUAUAAAGGCUUUGACUGGUGGUCAUUUUUGCAGAGAUGGUAUUUUAUAUCCUUCCAGUAUUUGGAAAAGAAUUAGUCAAAAGGAAUUCAUAUAGUUUCAAUAUUGAGAAAUUAAUAUCCAAAUAAUGUACUUGUCUGAUUUCUUAAUAAGCUGAGGGAGGUGGGCGGGGUGGUAAUUGUAAUGUGCAAAUGAGUAGUGAACUCUACAUUCAUUUUUUAACUCUUUAACAUAAAACUGUUAAAUCUUAACACAUUUGUUACUUUAAUAUAUGUAUAAAGAAGUAUUACUGUUUGUAAAGCUGCUGUUUGCUUUAAAAAAAAAAACCUGUCACUUAAGUAUUUUCUGUAUGUUGUGCCAACACGUUAGAACAUUAACUUAUCCAUUUAAAAACUUUAUCUUUUUUUGAUUUGAAAAACUUUCUGUGAAAUAAUUUAUUUGCAGACAUCUUCCUUCUCCCUUGCCCCUUCUAGCCUUCACACACAUCACAGAAUCAACCAAACUGUUUGCCUGAUAUAAAAUCUGAAUCCUAAUUAAUUAUAAAAACUUAAACUUCGUUGGCACAUCACACCUUAAAAGUAUUUGUAUUAUUUUAUAAUUUAAUUUCUAAAUAUACUACGUAAAUUUAUAAUUUAAUGUCUUAAUUGUGAUGCUUUAAUAAAAAACUAGCAAAAAUUAGUACCAGUUAUAACAAGAAGGGAUUUUCAUCUUGUUCUUUUGCUGUAUGAAGGAUAAUUGUUAUAUCACAUAUUAGGAGUAAUAAUCACAGCUUUUUUGCACUAUGUAAAUACUAGUGAAUAUUCUUCUGUAACUAAUAAAAUGAUUAUUGAAAUGUA